CCCAACUCGUUUUUCUCUCGUAUCGUCAUGAGCUUGACCUUGCGACAUCCAAAGAAACGCCGAUUCCAUCGAUUUUCCAUCACCAGGUUCUUCCAGGAGAUUCAGCUGCCGUCGUCACACCUCACAUCUCUCUCUCAAGCGAUAUUCCUCGUGGCGUUUGUGACUAUUGGAAGAUACCGUGAUGGUCUGAAGUCAAAGAAACACGCGAGCCCAUACUUUCUGCCCGAUCCAUUCCCCGGGCACUCAAUCGCCCGCCUGUACGUCCACCAGACCCACGGACUACUCCCACCGUGGCUCCCAUCGUCAAGGACAACAACACCCUGUCUAGUCGACUUGACUGGCAAUGGGGGAUGCCUUCGUUGUCGUCCUACACUCCCUUUGAAUCUCUGCUGUUUUUCCAAUUCCUCAACACUCUUGACUCUCAACCGUCCAAUUUCACGCCUAUUUCAGAACUUCUGAUCAACAACUCGUUCGUCCGUCAAAAUGCAACGUUUGACAAGGCUAGACUGACCCCGCAGGCUCUGGAAGCGCUUUAUAUAAAUCUAGUGCAGGAAGAGUUACAAAACAGGGAGGGAACCCCAGAACACGGGUCCAAUGGCUACAACUCGGAUGCUGUGAACGCGAAUCUGAAGAAAAGGAAGAUACAGGAUCCGUCGUCCAAACAUGAGGGCGCUUCGUAUUCUACGGUGAUUCCAACCCUUGUCGCUCGUUUAUAUGCCAGGUACAAGGAACGCGCGACACGAGAGAUUGAAGAUGAGGAAAGGAAAUAUGCCCGAAUUAAAGAUGAAAUCAAAAAGCUGGAGAAUGCGGAGACUGCCAAACACACGCCUCCGAUAAUAGACGGCCCAUCGGCGACUCCCGAAAUAUCUAAAGAAGCGGCACAGGCACAGCCUUCAUCGCCACAGCCGGCGACGAUUGCUCCCAGAGUCAAUAUUGAGCGACCCCGAGACCAGGUCCUUGAGCAGGUACAGGCUGUUCAGAUGCCAAAAUAUGCACAACGCGGUUUAGUAGAGGGACAGGCGACUGUCCAGCAAGCUCUACAGAUUGAGGGAAAACUUGCAAACGCACCACGAUCCUCUCCGCAACACCCCCAAGCGCAACAGUGGCAACAAGCUGGCCCACAGGCUAUCGCGCAGAAUAUCCCGCCUCGCUCCCUUUCGCCAAACCUGGGAAAUGGAAAUGCGUCCAUACUUCCCUCUCAAGAUCACAUCUCUAGCCGUGGCUUGCAGUAUGCCACUUCCAAGCCAGGUCAACCAGGAAUAAACACCUCGACAAUACCUCAUGCAGGAACCGGGCGAGUACCAGGCCAAGUGCUCACUCCGGUCACAUCAGCUACUUCUCAGGCCUCACCACUGUCAUUACAAACCACGCCCACUGCUACAAGCGCCCAACAACAACAACAACAACAGCAGCAGCAGCAGCAGCAACAGCAACCACAGCGUAUUAUGGCCACCUUCCAGCCCGUUCAAUAUUCCCCUCCGCAGGCCCAAAUGACUCAGACACCUCCAAACACAAAUUAUCAAAAGCAAUGGUCCCCACAACCGGUUCCAUCAACCACUUAUGGGCAGCCAUCCCCUUAUGCCAACGUACCUUACUCUAACAGCCAGCUUACAGGUAAAUCUCACUUACCGCUUGGCCCACAUAGUCCAUAUGUCCAGCUAGAGGCAGGCAAGUCGUUCCAGGGCCCUUCCGGUCCUUCGCUCCAACCAUCACGACCAGUCGGACUUGGGUUACCUCAACUACAAAAUGACGCUAGAGCUCAAACUACUCCGCACGAACAGCAUAUAGCAACUCCGGUCAGUACUCCUGGCUCCGGUGGACUGGAUCUCUGUACCCCUUCGUUUUCGGCGGCCUUAAAUCGGAGACCGCCUAGACCGUCCCUGGAUACUUCUGGUUCGCUCACCCCUUGGAAAAAACCAAGCCCGAUUGUCAUAUCUAAGUCCCCUGGGUCUCCGAUACGGCCUCGACCAGAGGAUGUAAGCCCUAUCAGCGAAAAGGCGCCGUCACCAACGACUGAGAUUGAAAUGCCAUCAAUAUCGACAACCCGGCCCAAGGGUCAAACUGUGCAUGCAGAUGUUGAUUCCAGCCCGGCAAAGAACACUCGUCAAAGGAAAUCUACACCAGCACUUAGGGGCAGGGCCACUGCUAGCCCGGUUUCUUCUCCCAUACGCUCCACUCGAAACCGGAGCCGGGGUGCUCGAUCCAACGUAUCUCGUGACGAUGAGUCGAUCACUGAUUCUGGCUCUGUUACUCAGCAGAAAAUAAAGCGUGAAAUGCCAAGCACCCCUGCUGGGAUAUCAGAUGAAACAGAAGUGGAACUUCGAGCGUCAAGGCGGCUCAAAGCCCCAAGCCAAGCCCAAGCAGAUGAAUACGUGUCAAAGGGGAAGGGGAAAAGGAAGCGGGGACCAAGCGAAGCGGAAGACGCGACCCAACCACCUACUCGACAAGCGGCACAAUACGUACAAUGUACCCGAAAUUUCCCACGAACAUGUGCUCCAAUCAUGAACGAUAUCGCAUCCCAUAAAUACGCAUCCAUAUUUGCGAAGCCACUAACAGAGCGUGACGCCCCGGGAUAUAAGAGUCUUAUCUAUCGACCCCAGGAUAUCAAGUCUAUUAAAUCCGCCAUUCAUCAGGGAAGCAAAGCCGUAGCGGCUGCAACGGAGGCUGUGAAUACCCCCAGCGGAGAAAACACCGAAUCUCCCGGCCCUGGCCCAGGUUUCGGCACCACCCCCUCGAAAAGCAAUGGCCUGUUACUGAGGAGAACGGCAGAGCUGACCCCACCCAAGGGCAUCGUAAAUUCAGCACAGCUAGAGAUGGAACUUGUGCGGAUGUUCGCGAACGCGGUGAUGUUUAACCCAACUUCAGAAAAGACUUUUGGCCCGUCCUUCCCGAUGCAGAGCGAUUGGGCUUCUCGGGAGGGAACACAGGUUUCGGACAUGGAUGAGGGGGGCAUCAUCAAUGAUACGCUGGAGAUGUAUGACGAUGUGGAGAAGGCAGUGUCGAGCUGGCGUGCGGCGGAGAGGGCUGUCGAUGACCUGGGUGGUAAGAGCAUGUUAUCCCUGCGAAGGGGCAGUGCGAGUGAUAUUAAUAUGGACAGCGCUGACGAAUUGAAGUGAAACGACAUUUUUAAUGUACAAAAUCCUUAAACUUUAUUUUUGGUUCCGUCCUUUUCUUCUCUUUUUCUUGGGAACAGUGAAUGAACAAAGCAAAAAUGUUCUGGCUAUGAGCGAUUUUGCCAAUGACCCGAGGUAUUUGUCAUUAUAUUGUAAUUUAUACGUGGAGAAAAGCUUCUACCUCCCAUCCUUGGACGGAACUUGCCCUGUUUCCAUGAUAAUGCACAAGCUUGCUCUCUUGUAUAGUAUGUAUUCCAUAUAAAUAUAUAUACAUAUUAAUGGAGGCAUUCCAAAGUGAUUGGUCCAAAAAUCAUAACCAUAUUCCACCAAGCAAUCAAGCAGUACAUCCCACCGCCACCUCCGGUCUCGUCCUUCCCAACCCAUCCUUCGCAUAAAAAUCCAUCGGAUAAACCCCACCAUUCCCCUCAUCCCACCCCAACCUCUCCCCAAGAGCCACAAGCGCCUCAUACGGCGAUAACAACGGCCUCGCAAAAGCAUACCCCCAGUCAAUGCUCAACCGCGGACACGCAAUCUGCACCCAGCACUCCACAUCAGGCAUCGACGCCAGCUUCCCCGGGAAAAUCUCACUAAGCAGCAAAUUCACAAACGGAAUCCCACGCUCAUUCAGCUGCUUCUCGAUCUUGGCCAUGGUGUGCGGGUUGCCCUGCCGGCCCAGGGAGCCUAGGAUGAUACCCCAUUUCCGUGCCGUUCUGGCGGCGUUGAUGGCGUCGCGGCGCAGGGUGAGCAUUUCUUCGUGGUCGUAGGAUUCGCGGGAGAGGGUACGGGAAUAUGGGUCAUAGCGGUACGCGGGGAGGGAAGGGUUGUGGAUCAUGGCGGAUUCGAGAUGGAAGCGGCCAUCACCGAGAUAGAGGAGGAUGUCGACUUGGUCUAGGGGUAGUUUGGGGGAAGUACAACCUAGGAUCUCACCUUUGCUAAGCGGAGUGAUUUGUGGGACGAGGAUGGAGUAGCCGGCCUUUUCCAGGGUGGACUUUAGUCCGUGGAUGGUUGCGUUGAAUUGGAUUGUGCCGACGACUGCGAUGGUUUUUCCACUCUGGAAAUUCCUUUCCAGUGUAGAGAUUAGGUGUUGUGUGUCGAUGCUUAUGUCGACAAAGAUAUAUAGGGUUUUGAUCGUGGUGACAUCGACGGGGAUCAGACAGCUAUGCGCGUAGUGGACGAGUAGGUCACAGCCUAGCGCACGCGCGGUGUAAUCAUCUAUACAGCAAGCGCCGUAUGUGACAUCGCCCAUAAUUAAGGUUUCAGUCCCAGGGCAGAACUGGGUGAGGAUAUCGGAUAUUGUAGUUGCGAAGAGGAGGAGGCCUUCGGGGAAUUGUAAGGCUACUCUUUUUGCACCCAACGUUCGUAUUCUGUGGAUGGUUUUGGGGAUCUCAAAGGAGUAGUUUCGCGGGAGAAGGGAGAUUGCCGCUUUGAUGUCUUCAUCGUCUAGGAUUUCGGCUGGGACUUGAUUUAAAGCUCGCGGAGCUCGUCGGGUUCGUGCUAGAAAUGCUAUUAGGAGCGGGGAUACCAACAAGCGCAAGGGGAAUAUGGGACAUACCUUGCUGAAGGGACGUUGUAUUUGACGUUUGAGAAUAUCCAUCCUUUUGGCUUUGUGACUGAGCAUCCGCUGUCUUACGCCCAACGAACCUUUUUUUGGGCUGGCGCGUAUGAUUUGAGGGCUUAUCAGCGGUAGCUGAUACCGGGGUGGCCGCUGGCGGGGCCGUGUUGUCUGCCAUAAUACUAGAGAACCAAUGAAUGUGAGAAGGGGUAGUAGUAUAGAUACACCGGAG